AGCUAGUUUUGGUCAGCAGCUGAGUGUUUAUUUUUUUCACUGUGAUUUGUUAUCGUCAAUCUAAGCUGGUCAAAAUUAUACUUUUCCUGUUUUCUGUUAAACAAUUAGAAUUUAUUUUUCAAGUAGAUAGUCAAAAUUUACCAAUUUAUUUUACAAGUUAUUUGUUAAACUUCGGUUUCUUCAAUAGUAAUUUUCUACCAUUUCCAAAAAAAACACUAUGAACAGCUUAGGAUGGACAUUAAUAAUGAAAAGAGGCUGUCUCUUCUGUUCCAAAGAGACGGUAAACAUUAAAGGUACAAAAUAUAUUAUACGCGAUAGACUGGCUCAAGGUGGUUUCAGUUUGAUCGAUCUGGCAGAAAAUGCCAUAACACACAAGCUAUAUGCGGUGAAGCGCAUAACUUGUCACAGUAUAGAUGAUCAAAAUAUAGCAUUGCGUGAAAUUGAAAACUGCAGACGUAUAGAUUCAGAAAAUGUAAUUAAGGUUAUCGAUUAUGAGCUUAAAGGAUCCGCUGAUAUUGUUAUCAAUACCACCAGUGACCUAUACAUAGUACUGCCAUACUAUAAGAAUGGUUCUCUUGCUGAUCACCUGAGUAUACGCGCACGUAAAGAAGAUCAUAUGCCAGAAGCGCAGAUUUUGCAAGUAUUUCUGGGAAUAUGCAAUGGUUUAAGAGCGGUACAUGAAACUAAACCAGUGCCCUUGGCACAUCGAGACCUGAAGACUGCAAAUAUAUGUUUGUCUGACACUUUUGAACCAAUAAUUGUAGACUUGGGUUCAAUGACAGAAGCGCGUUUACAAAUUUGUGGACAAAAUGAAGCGCAACGACUGCAAGAUGAAGCAGAAGAGCGCAGUUCAAUAGUCUAUCGUGCACCAGAACUGUUCUCAGUGAAGUCGUAUUCUACCAUAGAUGAGCGUACAGACAUUUGGAGUCUUGGUUGUGUACUUUAUGCAAUGUGCUUCUUCCAUUGCCCCUUUGAUUCAGUUUAUGAAAAAGGAGAUAGUGUUGCACUGGCGGUGCUGAGUGGUAACAUCAACAUUCCUGAAAGUUCUAUAUAUACUGAUGAUAUGCACGAUUUGAUCAAAUAUAUGUUGCGUAUGGAUCCUAUGGAACGACCCUUUAUAUAUAGUGUAAUUGAAAAAACCCACGAUUUAAUACAUAAGCUUGAUGGACGUGUUUAGCGAAAUAUAACGUAUUUUUUAUUGUUGUUCUUUUAUGAAAUGUGAAUAAUAUUUUGACGUAGUUAUUGCAUUGUGUGAAAACUUUUAUAUAUGAUGAAACAUUUUAACAUUUAUAGAAAAUGAUUUUAGUAAGUUUAGCUUAACGUAAUUUUCUAUAUUUCUUAAAAUAAAUAUAAUUACAUUUAAGUCGAUAAAAAUCAA